AUGAACUGCGAUGUGGAGAUCGAUGAGUGUGAAUCCAGUCCCUGUUGGCAUGCUGGCACCUGCUCCGACCAUAUUGGCUUCUUCACCUGUUCCUGCAUGCCAGGCUACCAAGGAACCCAGUGUGAAGUGGAUAUUGAUGAAUGCCAAAGCCAGCCUUGUCUUAAUGGAGCUAUCUGUGAGGACCUGGUCAACAGAGAUCUGGAAAGUGGCUACCACUGCUUGUGUGUCCACAGUCCCCUGGCGUAUGUGGGAAGAGACUGUGAGUUGCUAGCCGAGCCGUGCGAUGGACAUCCAUGUCCACCCGAGUGGAGUUGCAGCGGGACGCCUGGCUACCUGAAUUACACUUGCCACUGCGGAUCCGGCGUGUCAGAUGCCUCCUGCAGGUCCCAAGGGGACGAGUGCAAGACCAACCCUUGCCCUCAGCCCGGGUUAGAGUGUGUCAGCCUCCAGGAUGGGUACGGUUGUCACUGCCAGAGUGGAAACCAUUGCCUACUGAGCGCUUCCCUUUGCCCGAGUGAACUUUGCAACAACGGCACCUGUCUUGAGAACGGUGGGACGUAUACCUGCCAGUGUCCGGCUGGCCACACCGGGGCCCACUGCGAGGAGGAGGUGGACGAGUGUGCCUCCAACCCUUGUCAGAACGGCGCCAUCUGCCUGGACCGCGUCAAUGAGUAUAGUUGCUUUUGUGUGCCCGGGUUCCAGGGCUACCACUGCGAAAUGGACAUCAACGAAUGCGCCUCCCAGCCUUGUCAACACAACGGCACCUGCCUCAACCAGAUGGACCAUUACGUUUGCCAGUGUCUGUCUGGCUACACAG